AUGCUGUUCCGUCAAUUUGUUGUGGCUGCGGCCUCCAUCUCGCUCGCAAAGGCCGUCGAGCUUACCGGGUACGAAUAUGUCGUUGUUGGAAGCGGUGCUGGUGGCGGCCCCCUGGCGGCUCGUCUCGCCCUUGCCGGCCACAAGACACUUCUGAUCGAAGCUGGUGAUGACCAGGCCGCCAACCAGAACUACACUGUACCUUCCUUCAACGCGAAGGUCUCAGAGGACCCCAACCUGGCCUGGAACUUCUUCGUUAAGCAUUACGCCGACGAGGAGAGGCAAGCUCGCGACUUCAAGACUUCAUACACCACACUUGAUGGUGGCGAAUACACAGGUCUCUCCCCUCCUGCGGGCUCUGUCCAGAAGGGUACACUUUACCCUAGGACUGGUACUCUGGGAGGUUGCACAGCGCACAACGCUCUCAUCGCUGUCUACCCGCACCAGUCCGACUUCGAGUACAUUGCAAACCUCACUGGCGAUUCUUCUUGGGCCCCUGACAACAUGCGCAAGUACUUCGUCAAGCUCGAGAAGAACGCUUACCUCACUGCUAUCGAGGGACACGGCUACAACGGCUGGUUGGGCACACAGUACGCACCUAUCGACAUCGUCACCAGCGAUCCUCAGCUUCUGAGCUUGGUCGGAGGCGCUGCUUUCGCUCUUGGAAACAAGACAAACGCCGUUGUUAACCUGGCCACACUCGUUGCAGGCGAUGCCAACGCUGAUACCGACGCGCGUGACUCUGACCCUGGCCUGUUCCAGAUCCCCCUGAGUACUUCCGACGGUAAGCGUACUGGUUCCCGUGAGUUCGUAGUCGCUGUCCGCGAUGCCAAGUACACAAACGGCACCAAGAUGUACCCCCUCGACGUAAGACUGAACGCGCACGUCACCAAGAUCACCUUCGACGAGACUGUCACUCCUCCCCGUGCGACCGGUGUCGAGUUCCUCGACGGCCAAUACCUCUACAAGGCCAGCCCUAAGAACACUGGCGCAAAGGGUACUGCCGGUUCCGCCAAGGCCUCCCGCGAAAUUAUUGUUGCUGGUGGAACUUACAACUCUCCCCAGCUCCUCAAACUUUCCGGUGUCGGUCCUGCAGAUGAGCUAAAGAAGCACUCCAUCCCCGUCGUUGUUGACCUUCCCGGUGUCGGAACCAACCUCCAGGACCACUACGAGAUCAGCGUCCAGGGCAAGGUUGAGAACGACUUCUCCGCCCUUAACGGCUGCACCUUCAAGGGCGACUCCGCCGACGCCUGCAUCGGGCGCUACAACACCCCCAUUCUUGGCAACCGCGGCAUCUACGCCUCCCCCGGUCUCGGUGCCACCAUGUUCUACCAGUCCAGCGUCGCCGAGAAGAACAACUGGGACAUCUUCGCCUUCGGCGGCCCUGUCAACUUCCGCGGUUACUUCCCCAACUACAGCGUCAACGCGACCGCCGUGCACAACCUCUUCUCCUGGGCUAUCCUCAAGGCGCACCCGAGGAACACUGCUGGUACCGUUACCCUGCAGUCCGCGGACCCGCUUGAUGUUCCUGCUAUCACGUACAACUACUUCGACACCGGUGUGGGCGAGUACCAGAAGGACCUCACUGCCAUGACUGAGGCUAUCGCGCUUACCCGUGAUGCGUUCAAGCGCCAGGUCGUUCCCGUUACUGAGGUCCUCCCGGGUAAGGAUGUCGACACUCCUGAGGAGAUUGCGGACUACAUCAAGAACAGCGCGUGGGGCCACCACGCUUCGUCUACGUGCCCUAUUGGUGCUGAUGACGACAACAUGGCCGUGCUUGACAGCAGCUUCAACGUUCGUGGCACUAAGGGCCUUCGUGUCGUUGAUGCGUCGGUUUUCCCCCGCAUUCCGGGUACUUUCACUGCUGUGAGCACGUACAUGGUUGCUGAGAAGGCUGCGGAUGUUAUCUUGGCUGCGGCAAAUGCUGCUUAG